UUAAUGUUAACAAAUGAAAAGUGUUUCAGGUAAAGUUUUAACUUAAUCAUUUUUCAAUUAAUACCAAGUCAUUUUUAUCCAGGAAUAGAUCAUUUGCUUAUAUGUGCUGUAAUAUUUCCUAGGGGUACAGAUACACAGAGACCUUCUGUAUAGGAAACGUUUUGCAUGCUAAUAUGUAUAUUCAUAUAAUACAAUGGAAAACAGUUGGAGUGUACAUUCAAAUUCUAGAUUUGUUUAGGUGUCAUUAGCAGACAGAGAACAGACGCGUGUACACAAAAACAGCUGUGAACAUACUGCAAGCUCCUCUCCAGUUUUAGACCAAGCCAACUGAAUCUGCUUUCAUUACAAUGGAGUAUCUGAAGUAUUUGAUGCUGAUAUUUCUCAUCAGUUACACAAGAAAAGCUGUAAAAGCACAGGGCUGUGGUGUUUCCUCAAUGAGCACUGACAUUGUGGGAGGUGAGGAUGCUCCUGCAGGGAAUUGGCCUUGGCAUGUCAGUCUACACUUUUUUGACUAUCGCAUCUGUGGAGGAUCCCUCAUCAGCCACGAAUGGGUGCUCACUGCGGCUCAUUGCGUUUCCUUCUCACCCUCAGCAAGUUACUGGACUGUUUAUCUGGGCAGCCAAAACAUUUCAGUCUCUAACCCAAAUGAGGUGAGUCGAGGAGUCAAAUCCAUUAUUCCACAUCCAGAAUAUGACCCUUCACAGGUGACCAAUGACAUCGCCUUGCUGAGAUUGAGUGAGCCAGUGAACUUUACCAGCUACAUCAGCCCAAUCUGCCUGGCUGCUAAUGAUAGUGUCUUUCACACUGGCACCACCUGCUGGUCCACUGGAUGGGGAGAAACCGGCUUCGAAGGCGCUGAGCUCAAUUCUGGAACUCUGCAGGAACUGCAGAUAAAUGUGGUGGGCAAUAAGGAGUGUGACUGCAGGUUUCAAGACUUACCAUUUUGGGAAAUGCCAAUCACUCCGAAAAUGAUCUGUGCUGGAGGAGAGACGGGCAAAGGAACAUGUUUUGGAGGUUCUGGUGGUCCAUUACAGUGUAAGCAGGGUUCUGUAUGGAUCUUAGCUGGUGUCACUAAUUUGGGUAUUUCAUGCUUCACUGAAAUUACAGCUGACAGUCAUGCAAGAGUAUCUCAAUUCCAAAACUGGAUCUUAAAGAAUGUUAAUGGAUCAGACAUUGGAUUUGUGACUUUUAAAUCUGAUGGUGAAGAUAAGGACAGCAGAUUCCUGUGCCAUGGAGAUGAGACAGUUUCAGGCCUUUUCUACCCAUUUGGAAAUCAAGACAUAGAGAAUCCCUCUGCAGAUGAUGGAAGCUCACCAAUAGUAUUCUUGGAAAAAUGCUUUGUAUAUUUUGGACGUGUUUAUCAACAGACUUAUGUUAAUAACAAUGGGCAUUUGACAUUUGAUGAGCCUCUUUCAGAGCCGGUACCCAAUUAUUUACUGUCGCAAGUCAACAGAGACAUCAUUGCUCCACUUUGGACAAACAUGGACAACACUGUGAAUGGAACCAUCUCCUAUCGUCAGGUCACUAGAGGCGGACUCUUACUAGCAGCUUCAAACCACAUAAACCAGUAUUUUCCCAAUCUGAACUUCACUGCCUCAUGGCUAUUCAUUGCCACUUGGGAUAAAGUACCAUACUUUAACAACUCACAAUCGGCUGGCUAUGGCACAAUAGACUCAACAAAUUAUUCUUCAAUCCCCGUGCCUAAUGAAAAUAAGAUGUCUGACUCCAGCAAUGUCAAUGUCCCGGGACGCUGGGCAUUCCGCGUUGAUGGUGGACCUGAAGAGGGAAUUUUUUACCCAUAUGGAGAUGAGGAUAUAAAGAACCCUGCAGAGGAUUUUGGAAGUUCUCCACUGAUCAACCUGAUGCAGCCAUUUGACUUCUUUGGGCUUGUUUAUAAUGAAACUAUACCUUCUCUGCCUUCAUGGGCUUUCAUUGUAACAUGGGAUAAAGUACCGUACUAUGGAUACAGGCGAACAGAGUCGACCUUUCAAGUGGUUUUAGUGUCUGGCAAAAACAUGUCAUUCACACUCAUGCACUUUGGUAAUAUUGCCCCAGCCAUACAUCCUGUUAUGUCUGGAUAUGACACAAGUGAUUCAACUGAUUUCUUUACAAUUCCUGUCUCUGACACCACAAACCUGUCAUACACAAGCAAUGUCAACGUCAUGGGUCGAUGGGUAUUUCGAACUGACACUGCAUCGGAACACAAUGGACUGUUCUAUCCAUUUAGGAAUGGGCACACACUUCAACAGUAUUAUGGAUUUGGAUUUUUUGGAUUUGCCAUCAAUCUCUAUUUGCAGACACCAUUUACUUACUUCGGGAUCACAUACAGCUAUAUUAAUGUUUACAAAAAUGGAUUUCUUACUUUCAAAUGGCCAUUGUUUCCAUCAAGUCCCCGAACUCUUCCAGCUUACACAAAUAGAGACAUUGUUGCUCCUCUAUGGACAGAUAUUGACAACAGUGACUUUUACUUCCAAGAAUUCAGUGGCACCCGAGUACUACAGCGAGCUACAAAUGAUAUUCGUCAAUAUUUUCCUCAAACAAAUUUCACUGCCGACUCAGUUUUGGUUUGUACUUGGGAUAAUGUGAGAUAUUAUAACACUUCAGCAGAGAAUUCCUCUUUUCAAGUACUGCUGAUCUCAGGUUCUGGUUUGUCGUUUAUUGUAUUUAAUUAUGGCAAUAUUCCACAAACUAAGCAUACUGCAGUGGCUGGAUAUGACACUAUUGAUUCAACCAGCUAUUAUACAAUUCCUGUGUCUAACAUCGCUAAUCCAACCCACUCCACAAAUGUCAAUGUUAUGGGCCGCUGGGCUUUUCGUGUUGACACUUUUCCAACAAAACUUGGUUUGUUUUAUCCAACUGGCUCUUUGGUUUCUCAGAAUCCCUGUCAAAGUAAUGCACGCUUACCUGUGCGCUUGCAGUAUCCUUUCUUGUACUUUGGACGCAAAUACCAGAACAUAUAUGUCAACAAUAAUGGACAUUUGACUUUUGAUGGACCAUUUUAUGAAAGACUGCCCAAGGCUUUCCCUGCCAACUCUACUAGAGACAUUAUAGCUCCACUCUGGGCAAUGUUUGACUGUAGUGUCAAUGGAAGCGUCUCUUACCGUGUGGUAACUCAAGGACGUAUUCUGGACUGGGCGAGAAAUGAUGUCAAACAGUAUUUCCCUCUGUUUGGGUUCUCAGUACAUACAGUCUUCAUUGCUACUUGGGAUAGAGUGCCCUACUUCAACAGCUCUUUGACGGAAUCUUCCUUCCAAGUCGUUCUAGUCAUUUGCAGGACUCUUUCCUUUGUCAUAAUGAACUACAGAAAUAUCUCCUCAACUGAUCAAAGUUUUCAGGCUGGCUAUGACACAAUAAACUCAACAAAUUAUUUUUCAAUUCCUGUUACUGAUGAAAAUGAACUCUCCAACUCCAGCAAUGUCAAUGUGUUGGGACGAUGGGUAUUUCGUGUUGAUGGCGGGCCUGAGGAGGGAAUAUUCUACCCAUAUGGAGGUGUAGAGGAUGAGAAAAACCCACAGUCGGAUGAUGGAAGUUCUCCAGUGAUCCCCUUGCUGCGACCAUUUGUGUAUUUUGGCCAUGUAUAUAACAAAAUAUUUGUAAAUAAUAAUGGAGACCUGACCUUUGAUGAGCCACUUUCUCAGUGGUAUCCCAAUUAUUUUCCUGCAUGCUCAACUAAAGACAUCAUCGCUCCACUGUGGACAGACAUUAAUAAUAGUAGGAAAGGAACCAUCUCUUACCGACAAGUAACAGAUGGUCCUCUCUUGAAUCGAGCUUCUAGAGACAUAAACAAAUAUUUUCCCAACUUGAACUUCUCUGCCUCGUGGGUUUUUAUUGCUACAUGGGAUAAAGUACCCUACUAUGGAAACAGAGAGGCAGAGUCGACCUUCCAAGUGGUUUUGGUGUCUGGAAAAAAUCUGUCAUUUACACUCAUGCAUUAUGAUUACAUUACCCCCACCUAUGGUGUAAAGUCUGGAUACGACGCAAUUUGCUCUACUAAUUUCUUUUUGAUUCCUGUUUCUAACAUCGCAAACCUUGCAUACACAAGCAAUGUCAACGUCAUGGGUAGAUGGGUAUUUCGUGUCGACAAUUCAUCAAAAAGAAAUGGACUUUGUGAUGAAACAGACACUCAAGCCUCAGAUAAUCUUCCCAGUGCUCAGGUGUGUGGAAGAAGCACAUUUACCACCAGCAGCAGGAUAGAAGGAGGUCAGAACGCUUCAGCUGGACACUGGCCAUGGCAGGCUAGCCUUCUUCUGGACGGCAUUCACAUCUGUGGAGGUUCUCUCAUCAACAAAGAAUGGGUGCUGACUGCUGCCUAUUGUGUUAAUAGCUUCGCCAGUGAUGCCAUCUAUUCCUUAACUGUGGUUUUGGGACGUCAGACCCAGCAAGGCAUCAACCCCAAUCAAGAGUUCAGAGAUGUGAUAGCAGUUGUCAAACAUCCUAGUUACAAUGUUACGAAUGACAAUGAUAUCGCUCUUCUCAAAUUGAGCUCUCCCAUCAACUUCACUGAUUACAUCAGACCCGUGUGUCUAGCAGCUGAUGGCAGUGUGUUUAACAGCGGCACAGAGAGCUGGAUCACUGGAUGGGGAAACAUUGAUGAAGGAGUGUCCCUCCCAUCCUCUAAUCUACAGGAAGUGGAGGUUCCUGUAAUUGGUAACAGACAGUGCAACUGCCUCUAUGGAGUUGGAAAUAUAACAGACAACAUGAUCUGUGCUGGUCUACUGGAGGGAGGCAAGGACUCAUGUCAGGGAGAUUCAGGAGGUCCGAUGGUGAGCAAUCAGAGCUCUGUAUGGGUCCAGUCCGGUAUCGUUAGCUUUGGCUGUGCUCGACCUGAAUAUCCCGGUGUUUACACCAGAGUAUCCCGCUAUCAGGAAUGGAUCACCUCCUUCAUGUGCAGCGAUCCUCCAGGUUUUGUGCAGUUUACCUCCACUGGAAAUGAUUCUGACAACAGUUACACCUGUCCUGAUCUUCCUCCUUCUUACUCAUCUGUGAAUAUAGAAUCUAAAGUUCUAGUUUCUGCAGCAUCUCUUCCACAAAAUUCUUUGCUGCCAUGUUUUCUGUUGCUUAUAGCAAUACUGUUCUUAUUCUAUGUGUAACAAUACACCACUAAAGAUAAACUCAAAAGUUUGGGGUCAGUAAGGGUUUUUUUUUUGGUUUUUUUGAAAGAAAUUAAUACUUUUUAUUAAAACUUUUACUUUUAUUAAAAUGUUACAAAAACUAUUUAAAAACUAUUUAAAACAAAUGCUGUUCUUUUCAUAUUUUUGUCCAUCAAAGAAUAUGAUAGGGAUGUGACAGGAAUAAAUGACAUUUUAAAAUAGAAAGCAAUUAUUUUAUAUUGAAAUAAUUUUUCACAAUAUAAUUGGUUUUACUGUAUUUUUAAUAAAAAAUGAAAUGCUAAUAGAUUAUUUAGAUUACAUAUAUUAUAACAUAAUAGACUUCUUUUUCUAGAGUUUUGAUCUCACAAUAUUUUUUCUUCGUCAAACUAACACAAUUUUAAUAAGUCCCUGACUUUUAAAUAGUUAAUUCAUUACUUCCAUAUCCUGCAUCCCAUCAGUUUCUAUAUAUUGUGGAAUGAUAAUUUGUUAUCUUGUAUUGCUGUGAAUAGGCUACUAUAUUUAUAUGUUAAAUACGGUUGCAUGUUGUGUUUCACACAUCACAAAAUUAUAUUUAUUUUACUGGAUGUUGAUGCAAUAGCAAUAUAAUUUUUCACAAUCAGUUUUGUAAUCUGAUGUUUUAUUUAUCUUUACACCCCAUAAUGUACCCUUUUUUUCCCAAAGGAAAUAGUUUAAAGUACUUUCCACAUAUGACAUCACAUAUGGACAGUAGGAUCAAUGCGAUUUCAGCUGAUUAAGUGUUGUACUGUUAGACUGACUGGAUUGAUAAGACUUUUGUUGCAUUUUGGCACAAACUUAUUAUCUUUAUCUUCUGUCUAUAUCCUUUCAUUGGGUGUAAAUAUUAAAUACAAUUUGUAAUACAUUUACAAUACUUUUUAAAGGACAUGUACAAUGAAAAGAUUUUUAGAAAUAAUAAAUUCAUUGUGGUUGUGGUGAUAUACAGGCCUAUAAAAGGCAUUAUUGCAUAAUGCAAAGUGUAACUUGUGUUUCUAAUAUUAAAG